AUGGACACACCCCUGCAGCAGGCCCCGCCGCCCCCACCCCUCCCCGCCUGCGGCCACCUGUCCCCAGCCGUGAGAGGUCGGCCCGUCUGGUCAAAGCUGCUUCGUCUGCACGGUGACAGUCUGAGCCCAGAGGUCACCAGCGACGCCUUCCAGCCGCAGAGUCGUCCCCAGGGCUUGCGGGCCGCGCUCGAUUUUCAAGGCAGUGUGGAUUCAACGGCCCUCAUCUUUGUGUCGCACGGAGCCGCAGAGCACUGUGGCCGCUACGAUGAGCUGGCGCAGAUGCUGACCGGGCUGGACCUGCUGGUGUUCGCCCACGACCACGUGGGUCACGGCCAGAGCGAAGGGGACAGGAUGGUGGUGUCUGACUUUCACGUCUUCGUCAGGGACGUCCUGCAGCACGUGGACAUGGUGCAGAAAGACCACCCCGGCCUCCCCGUCUUCCUUCUGGGCCAUUCCAUGGUCCUGGCCGCCAAAGUGCUCAACCUCGUCCUGCCGAACCUGUCCCUGGGCCCGAUCGACUCCAGCGUGCUCUCCCGGAACAAGACGGAGGUGAGCGGCUUUCUGACGGCGUCGGGGGUGGGCGGUCUGGGGCCGGGGAUGGGAAGAAGCCGGAGACGUCGCUGGCUCCGCGUUCGGGUGACACGGGAGGGGACGUGGAUGGUGACGCCCGAGCCGUGUCCUGAACACGCAGAGGGGCUCCCCAGAGAAGUCGCGUGUGUGCCCUUCACGCCUCCCGGUAGGCUUUUCCUAGGGGGAGGCCACACCCAGACUGCAGAUGAGCAGACUGAGUCCCCCAAGGACGCGGCCGCCCGCCAAGUCCCCUCCGGGAACAACUUAAUCGACUUCCCGAGCGGCUCGCUGUGGCCGGCAGGUCGAACUCGGCGACUGUCCCCGUCCUCCGUGUUCGCUGGUCCCCGCCGGACCCUCGUGAGGUCGAGGCCGCUGAAGAUGUCCCCGGAAAACAGCUUUGCGACCCGCGCCGGCCCCCUCUUGACGCCGGGAGGAGCCGCUCUGAGCACGGCAGAGGACGGUCCCCGAAACCAAGCGCUCUGGUGGCAGCAGGAAACGCCUGAGACGCCGCCUGCUCAUCUUGGAGCCGAAGCGUGUGGCGUGCACCGAUUUCCGUCUGCAAAGCGUCCUCCCCGCGUUGCCCGGGGGACAUCAGAGCGGAGGAUCUACGAAGGAGCCUACCACGUCCUCCACAAGGAACUUCCCGAAGUGACCGGCUCCGUCUUCCACGAGAUUAACACGUGGCUCUCUCAGAGGACAGCGGCGGUGGCCGGAGCCAGGUCCCCACCCUGAAUGCCCCCUGCAGGGGGUGCCCGGCUCACGGCCCCCCCCCCGGGGGGGUUGGCGGGGGGACGCGGGCGCAGGGGAAGGGCAGAGCUGAAUUCUCAGAUGUGGCUUGCAAAAAAAAAAAAAAAAAAGCAAAAAAACUCACAGAUUGCAGGAAUCCCUAGCAAAACUUAACAGGAAAAAAAUAAAAAGA